CUUAUCUCAGACCGAGUGCCCCCACUAAGGCGAGCAAAUUCUUAAAAGUCGCAUCUCUCUCGACUCUACAUUCUCUCUCUACAUUCUCUCUCUAUCCGCGUUCUCUUUCAGUUCGAUUUCUCUCUCUAUCGACGCAUUACAAUCGACAUAUACACAAGUGCUGCUAUUUUCUCUGCAUCGAAAGCUUAGGGUAUCGCAAUCCCAAUCUAUUCGAAUUUGCUCAAGUGAUGAGAGAUACAAUCAUCAGAGUAUUUGUAUCGUAGUGAACUUAGGGUUUUUGGUUUUACGUAGUUGUUUCUGUUAAAUCCUUAAACCUGGUUGGUCGAUCUGUGAAUGGACUCGCGAGAUUCGUCUUCGUCGUCUUCGGCGGCCGCUAACAGAGAUGCCUCGUCGCCGGACGGUGACUGCGUUUUAUCUGUCACUGCUGCGCUGGCGAAGGACGCCGGAUCGUUGUUUCACUCAGGGAAGUUCGCCGAAUGCGUUGACGUAUUGAAUCAGCUCUUGCAGAAGAAAGAAGAUGAUCCAAAGAUUCGUCACAAUCUUGCUAUUACGGAGUACUUUCAGGAUGGUUGUUCAGAUCCGAACAAGUUGAUCGAAAUGCUUAAUAAUGUUAAGAAAAGAAGCGAUGAACUUGCUCAUGUAUCUGGAGAACAUGUAGAUGCUGUUAGCAACCUCGGAAACAAAGCUAUAUCAGGAUCUAAAGGGACCAACAGUAUGGCUCAUCAAGUCCCUGCAGCAAAUAGUUCCUCUGUGGUUUACGCUGACGAAUUUGACACUUCUGUGACCAUGUUAAACAUAGCAGUUAUCUGGUUCCAUCUUCAUGAAUAUUCAAAGGCGUUCGCAAUUCUUGAAUCGUUAUAUCAGAAAAUUGAACCAAUAGAUGAGGCAACAGCUCUUCAUAUUUGCCUUCUGUUUCUGGAUGUUGCAUUGGCGUCCCGUGAUCCAUGGAAAUUUGUAGAUGUAAUUAGCUAUGUGGAGAAAGCUUAUUGUGUCAACAGUUUGGUCAGUCAAGGUGACAAUGGAAGCUCCAUGCAGCAACAAUCUUCAAAUCUAGUGGGAAAAUCUUCUUCAUUUCCAAGCAAUUCAUCUGCCACCGAUGCUUUUAAUUCUGAUUUGGUUGCUAGUGCAAAUGCCUCUGAAAAUUCUUUAUCUAGAACUUUAUCAGAGGAGACUGAAUAUGAAACCUUAUUGUGGACACUAGCACGACCGUCUGGCCUCCAAUCUUCGAAUGAUUUUUCAAGGAUCCCAGCUGAUCAGUGCAUUUCAACCACUGAUCUGAGGCUCAAGUUGCAUCUUUACAGGGUUCGGUUUCUGCUUCUUACUAAGAACCUCAAGGCAGCUAAGCGUGAAGUUAAGAUGGCUAUGAACAUAGCACGUGGGAAAGAUUCUUCCAUGGCUCUCCUCUUAAAGUCUCAGCUUGAAUAUGCUCGUGGGAACUAUCGUAAAGCUAUCAAGCUGUUAAUGGCAUCAAGCAAUCGGACUGAAUUGGGGAAUUCGAUCAUUUACAACAACAAUCUUGGGUGCAUCUAUUAUCAACUUGGGAAGUAUCACACAUCAACUGUAUUCUUUUCCAAGGCAUUGAGCAACAGUUUGUCUCUACGGAAGGAAAAGCCCUUAAAGCUCUUGUCUUUCUCACAGAACAAAUCUCUCCAUAUAAUAUAUAAUUGUGGUGUGCAGUACUUGGCUUGUGGGAAACCAAUACUUGCUGCUCGCUGUUUUCACAAGGCUAGUUUAAUUUUUAACAACCGGCCUCUCUUGUGGCUCCGAAUAGCAGAAUGUUGUCUAAUGGCGCUAGAGAAGGGACUUCUGAAAUCCAGUGCAGCUCCAUCCAACAGAUCAGAGAUUAAAGUUCAUGUUGUUGGAAAGGGGAAAUGGAGACAACUUGUAAUGGAAGAUGGGACUCCAAGAAAUGGGCAUGUCGAUAUUGUUGGAAGGGGCGAUUUGUUUUUGGGUGAUGAUAGACAGCCUAAUCUCUCGAUGUCCUUUGCAAAGCAGUGUCUUUCCAAUGCCUUGUACUUGUUAGACUGUUAUGAGUCUAAGUAUUCAAAGUCAGUAUUGUCUUCAAGUUCCACCUUGGAGGAAAAUGAAUCAAGAGAAACAGCAUCAUCUAAGAAUACAAACUACAAGAGUGUCUCCAGUGGUGAUGCAAAGGCAUCUAGUCUGACAGCUGGCUCUGGUCAGGCUAAUGCAAAUGGGGAUGUGAAAGAACAAAAGGUUGGAAAUAGUCCUAAUACUGCGUUACAGAACUCCAUCUUGGAUUAUGAAAAUAAAUGUAGAAAAGAGAACCAUAUUAUCAAACAAGCUCUUCUAGCUGACUUGGCAUUUGUAGAGUUGGAACUGCGAAACCCUUUGAAGGCCCUGUCGGCAGCAAGGUCUCUCUUGAGCCUUCCAGAAUGUUCCAGAAUCUAUAUAUUUCUGGGAAAUGUAUAUGCAGCUGAGUCUCUCUGCCUGCUAAACCGUCCAAAGGAAGCUGCUGAGCAUCUCUUUUUCUAUUUGUCGAAUGGUAGCAAUGUUGAACUGCCGUAUAACGAAGAGGACUGUGAACAAUGGCGAGUGGAGAAAACCAUGGAUUGUGAGGAGUUGAAUGGUGGGUCAGUGACUGCCAAUAACUCUUCACUCAAUGAAUUACAAGGUUUUAUGUUCCUUAAGCCUGAAGAGGCACGGGGAACUCUUUAUGCAAACUUAGGUGCCAUGUCUGCAAUCCAGGGAGAUCUUGAGCAUGCUCACCAGUUUGUGAUGCAAGCAUUAUCCACAAUACCCAACAGUCCAGAAGCCAUUCUUACUGCCAUUUACUUGGAUCUCAUGUUUGGGAAAACUCAAGAAGCUCUUGCCAAGUUGAAACAGUGUAGUCACAUUAGGUUCCUCCCUGACAGCUUACAAUUAAAUAGUUCUUGUUAAUUAUUGUAUUGGUGGAUUUUAAUUGUUCAUGUCCAGCCCACCCCUCACUCCGUGUUAGCAGGUAGAUCCAACAAUCCUUUUUAUGAGGAUCUGUAACAUAUAUAUAGUUCAAUCAGGGAAUAAGCCUUUUUUUUUUUCUUUUUUUUUUUUUUAAAGGAAUUUCAAUUUUAGGUUCAGUGAUUGGAGGUGUGGCUGAGAUUAUUUUGGUUGUCACAGAUGCUCAAUUAUAAGAUCUGAGGUGUAGUUCUGAUUCAGAA